AUGAUCCAAACUCGGGUGUUGGGUACAUUUGUUGGAGAUCCCAAUCUUCUGAGUGAACCUUGUGCAGCUAAUAAGGAUAAGUUACCGACACCUGCUGGUAGUUGGAAAGGCUUGUUAAAUGCAACAUAUUUUAGAAAUAAAUGUCCCCAAGCGAACAACGAGAGGGAACUGUUGGAGCUACAACAAAGGAUAGGACGGAAUGAAGAUGUGGAAGACUGUCUUCAUAUUAACAUUUAUACUCCGCAGAUGCCUAAUAAUACCUGUAGGAGUUUAUUGCCCGUGAUGUUCUAUAUACACGGUGGUAGCUUCCGAGUUGGUUCUGCUAGAGAUUUUCUCCCUGACUUUCUGCUUGAAGAAGAUAUAGUUUUAGUUGUUAUACAGUACAGGCUUGGUCCUUUAGGGUUCCUUUCAUUCGGUGUAGAAGAGGCCCCAGGGAACAUGGGUCUGCACGACCAGCUGAUGGCACUGAAGUGGACGAAGCGUUACAUUCACAAUUUCUGUGGUGACUCUGACCGGAUCACCAUCUUCGGCCAGAGCUCAGGAGCAGCUGCUGUCACCCUCAUGAUGGCCAGUCCUCUGGUCACGCCUGACCUGUUCCAGCGUGUAAUCGUGCAAAGUGGGUCCACGCUGUGUGACUGGGCGAUCGACUUCCACCCCUUGGCUCACGCCCAGACCAUAGCGAGGAUGUCUAAUUGCGACCUGCCAUCCACACGCGAGAUGAUCGACUGCCUCCGCAACCAGUCUGCCUUCCAGAUACUGAUGGCUCAUUCCGACUUCUUGACAGAGGUUCUGAUCAAUGAGGGAAGGGCUGUGAGAGGAAAUAACGGAGGAAACCACGCCAUAAUCGAGAAGCCCGGACCACUUAGCUACCUUGUCGAGGAUCCCAGGCUGAGUUUCCAGGAUGGCAGGUUUCUGAAAGUUCCCAUGAUGAUUGGCGUCACUAAACAUGAAGGGAGUUUCUUUCUGGGCAACAUUCAUGACUUCAUACUGGAAAGAAAUAACGCAACAAAUAACACAGAUUAUCUGGUAAACGACUUUUUGAAAGCAACUCUCCAGUUUAGUGGAAUUGAUGACACAACGGGGGCAAUCACAGACGUUUUUCAAGACAAAUAUUUUAGAGUAGAAGAAAUUGGAAAUUUUACGGCAAUGGUACCAGGAUUGGUUGAUAUCUGUGGAGUAACAUUGCUGAAAGCGUGUACCCUGCAGCAAGCUAGACGAAACGCUCAUGUUCACUCCACCUUCCUGUAUACCUUCAAUUACAGGGGACAGUACACCAAGUUUGGCUAUGGUGAUGAUGCGCAUCAUUAUCCAUUCCCUGGAGGGGUUGCGCACUCAAAUGAUCUCCUCUAUCUGUUUCCGAACACUGAAGGCUCGUUGAACAGUGCGGACAGAGAAGUCGCUAAAACUGUGGUGGAACUAUGGACCAGUUUUGCUUCUAAUGGAACUCCCAGCGCGCAUGAUUUGGAAAACGUGUGGCUUCCUAUGACGUCAACCGUGGGGCCUUAUCUUCGCAUCGAGCAGCCCUCCUCUCUGCAAGCCAACUUCUACAUGGAGUACAACAUCACGGCAUCCGAGGGAUUGGAUGUGUACAUGCGGGAGUUGUCCAGUCUCUCGCCCCCCACCUGUGUCCUGUCCCGCGUUUUGUUUCUACUGACAGUAUCGGUCACAGUAGUAUCCUGCAGAUAGACCUGGCUGUGGAGGCGGCAGUGAUUUCGGACAGGUUUAUUUCAGUUGUACUUAACAAUGUCCCGUCACCAACAAAUCACUAUAGGUGAUUUAUGGAUUCGAUUACCCUUCUCCAGCAGCGAAGUACAGUUUCAUUUCCAUUUGCACCAUGGAGUUUUACAUGCAAAGUGAACAUAUUCUGUACAUCUAUUGGAAAUUGAAAAGUGUCUUAUUUCCUUAGAUAAGUUUGGACCAAGAUCCAUCAAAUAUUUAAUCUGGGAACUAAUGUUUAAAAGAUGAAUUCGCAGUCACCACCGAUGACAAAGCAGAAAAGAUGGCAAGAUCAGCAUUAGAUACUCAUAUAUCAUCCAUUGAGGAGCAGUCACCUCAUACUUGCUUGACUCGCUUACCUUGAUAUGAGCUUUGUAGCCACAGAACAUGGCAAUUUGUUAUUUUACCACUUGCCAAUUUAUCACAAGUAUGGUCUCGGUUCAAAAAUACAAUGUUAAACCGCGUUUUGUAUAUAAGGAAAGUGGAUUUUUAGGAUUCUACUUGGAACUCGUAUAUUAAAUCACAAUGUAUGUAUACCUGUACUAUGUACAAUUUUCAACUAUGUAUGUGUCAACUCAAAUUACUUACUAUACAUAUUUAGAUAAUAUUGAUGUGGUCAAUAAUGAGUUAUAUAAAAAUAGUAUUAAAUCAAUUGUUAACACAACUUACUUGUGGUUUAUCUAAAAAUUGAUAUUAAAACUACUGUUGUGAGUUUCAAUAUUUAUUAUAAACACAAAAUGUUUACAAUGCAAAACCUUAGAUUAUAUUAAUAUUAUAACAAAAUUGAUUUGCCCUGUUUAGCAAUUUUUGUUUGUUACUGAUAUUUAAUUUAAAGAAGUAUAUACGAGUAUUAUAUGCCAUAUAUUUUACAUACUAAUGGUAUGCACACUGUUUGAAGCCGCCCUAUGUUGUUUUUCUCAUAUUGCGUACUUCUAUUUUAGACUAUAAUUUUUAGCGGUACCUAUUGUUUUGGGAAAUUAAUGUGUCUAUACCAAGUGUCUCAAAAGUAAAUAAACACGUACUAUUCUAAUUAAUUACAGACAUUGUUUAUCUAGACAAUAGUUUGUUGUUUUGAAGUUGAGGGUAAUAAAUAUUUAAAACGGCUACCGUAAAUAAUUAUUAUUCGGAUGACGAUAUAGAAGUUAUCAACCUGUGCAAAUUAGCUAGACUUUAUUUCCUCAAAACAAAAUUCAUCACAUUUUUAACCUUGGUAAGAGUAAAGGAUGAUAGUACAUUAAGUGUGGACAGGGUUACUCAAGUGCAUACGGGUAUAUGGGCAUUAAUUGUUCUGUUCAUAAAAAAAGACCAAGCAAAUAAAUUACUGGUGUCACACCUUUUCUUAAACCAUUCAUAAAUGGCUCAUCGGUGUAUUGUAAAAAUAAGGGUUCUCGACGCUUGGCUGUUAAAAUUUGUAUUCACUUUUUUUAUUAACUCGUGUCAAGAUCAUUGUACGAUUAUCUCUGGAACCGUUGACUUAUUUAGGAUUGUGUAAAUGUGUCCUACAUUACAACGAUACUUUCAUUAUUUGUAGAGGUUUUAUCUGCGACAUACCAUAAUUACGUUGUUAUUGUUCCGCCAACUCUAAGUUUGUCACAAAUUCUCGUAAUUUGUAUUCUCACAGUCGAUUCAAUAGAAAUAGCAACAAGAAGAUACUUAGUAAAGGAACUAUAAUUUAAAUUACUACAUGAUUCAGUUUCAAACCACCAAGGUAUGGUGUCAGUUGCUAUGGUGAUUGAUGUAUUGUUUACUAUUUGGGACGCUACUAACUUUAAGUUGAUUCUCAAAGAAUUAUAAAGUUACUGGAUGUGCUUUUCUACCAUUUUAGUUUAUCCUCUUGUAAAUCAGGGCGUAUGUAUUACUAAAUACAUACAAAACAUUAACCAAACUUGUAUUUUUUAUUAAAAUUCUCAACUUUGUUAACUGACAGUUUUCAAUGAAACUGUGUAACAGGUUUAUGUAAAAAUAACUUGUAUAUUAAAUUACCUCCAAAUGCU